AUGCCCAUGGUGGUCAUGACCCCAGACACCGGCCCUGAGCGCCAGACCGGCAGAAAAGCUCAAACCGCCAACAUCGUAGCUGCCAAGACUGUCGCGGACGUUAUCAGGACGUGUCUCGGUCCCAAAUCUAUGUUGAAAAUGAUCCUCGACCCUAUGGGAGGUAUCUUGCUCACGAACGAUGGCCACGCUAUCCUCCGUGAAAUCGAUGUUGCCCACCCAGCGGCCAAGAGUAUGAUUGAGCUCUCUAGAACGCAGGACGAAGAAGUCGGUGACGGUACUACCAGUGUCAUUAUCCUUGCUGGUGAGAUCCUCGCCUACUCCCUUCCCCUCCUCGAGCGUCAUAUCCACCCCGUCGUCAUCAUCCGCGCCUUCAAGUCUGCGCUGUCGGAUGCCCUCGAUACUAUCCAGCGUGUCUCUGUCCCAGUCGACAUCACCUCCGAACAACAAAUGCUCGCCCUCAUCAAGACUUCUAUCGGUACCAAGUUUUCGUCCAGAUGGUCUGAUUUGAUGUGCCAGCUUGCUUUGGAGGCCGUCAGGACGGUAGCUGGUGGCGACCAGGUCAACAUCAAGACUGUUGACCUCAAGAGAUAUGCCCGAGUCGAAAAGGUUCCUGGAGGCGAGAUCGAGGAGUCCCGAGUCCUUUCUGGUGUGAUGAUUAACAAGGAUGUGACCCACCCCAAGAUGAGGAGACGGAUCCAGAACCCUCGAGUGGUGCUUCUUGACUGCCCGCUCGAGUACAAGAAGGGCGAGUCGCAGACCAACAUUGAGCUUUCCAAGGAGGAAGACUGGAACAGAGUUUUGCAGAUUGAGGAGGAACAGAUUAAGGCUAUGUGCGACAAAAUUGUCGAGUUCAAGCCCGACCUUGUCUUCACCGAGAAGGGUGUCUCUGCAGAUCUGGCCCAGCACUACCUGCUGAAACACGACAUCACUGCCCUCAGACGAGUCCGAAAGUCUGACAACAACCGUAUCGCCCGUGCCGUCGGCGCUACCAUCGUCAACCGUGUCGAGGACCUUCGUGAAACCGACGUCGGAACUCAAUGUGGUCUCUUCCACAUUGAAAAGCUCGGUGACGAGUACUUUGCCUUCCUCGACGAAUGCUCCAACCCCAAGGCUUGUACCAUCCUCCUUCGUGGUCCCUCCAAAGACAUUCUCAAUGAAAUUGACCGAAACCUUGCGGAUGCGAUGUCUGUGGCUAGAAAUGUGGUUUUCAACCCCAUUCUUUCGCCUGGUGGUGGUGCGACCGAGAUGGCCAUCUCGGUGGAUCUGGGAGAGAAGGCCAAGGUUCUGCCGGGUCCUCAGGGUGCGGCUUACAAGGCUAUUGCGGAUGCCUUGGAGGUGAUCCCCAGGACUUUGGUGCAAAACUGUGGUGGUAAUGCCAUUAGGACUCUUACCGAGCUUCGAGCCAAGCACGCGGAGGGCCACAACAUGUUCGGUGUCGAUGGCGACACUGGUAAGGUGGUUGAUAUGCAGACCUAUGGUCUCUUGGAAAGUGCUAGUGUCAAGAUCCAGACACUGAAGACUGCCAUUGAGUCUGCUACGUUAUUGCUUCGUGUGGACGACAUUGUCAGUGCUAGGAGACCAGGAGAGGAGGGUGGUGGUGUGCAGACCAUGGGAGAGGCGGCUCCUGAAGGUAUGGAGAUGUAA